CUAGCUUACUUUAUGUAAUUUAGUACAUUCCCACGUACAAUGAGCUCUUCCUCAAGCUCCAAUGGAACCAGGACAAAAAUACUCUUUCUGGGAAUGAGAAGGCGAAUCUCUACGUUUUCUCCUUUUACCCGUUCUAACUUAUCACAGGAGUGGAAAGACCUCCAUACUCCAAGUCCUCUUCGAUGAUCUCCCAGUCAAACAGACUUUUUACCUCGAGCCUACCAUGCGUGUUGCAAAACAUCUCAUUGACACUGUCAUCCCGUUGGAGAUAUGGGACUGUCCAGGAAACGUUACCGUCGACACACUAGGCGCAUCUCUCGUCGAUUUCUCAACUAUAGUCUUCGUAAUAGACAUUCGAGAUCUCUACCAACAUCCUGUCUCAAAGCUCGUAGAGUUCAUAGUCGCUGCAUGCCAAAUCAACCCCGACAUAAAUUUUGAAGUAUUUGUGCACAAAGCGGAAAGGCUUCAAGAGGACGACAAGAUCGAAAACUUCCGCCAGAUACACGAACGUGUCAUGGACCGCCUCAUAGACGAAUCUCCCGAAUUUGAGCAAUUCCCUCUCAAUUUCCAUCUCACCUCCAUAUAUGACCAUUCUCUCCGAGAGGCGUUCUCUCGUAUGCUUCAUAAACUGAUCGAUUCCCUGCCAUAUCUCGAAGAACUAUUAAAUGUCUUUUGCUCUAAUACAGCAUCUCCAAAGGCUUUCUUAUUCGACACAUCCAGUAAAAUCCACGUCGCAACAGAUACCUCACCAGUAGACAAAGCCACGCACAAUCUCUGCUGCGAUUAUCUAUCCAUGCUCAACUCUUUUGGACCUCUCUACAGGUCUAACUCUAACGAUCCGCGGACGAGUCGGUUUUCCCCAACACCAGCACCAACACCCCCACCCACAGCCACGACAUCAACUCCUACCUCCGGCAUCACUCCCGCCGGAACACCGCCACUCACCUCAUCGUCAUCCCCCGUUCCACCCUCAAAGCCCCACUUCUACCCCUCAGCAGCGACGUCGCUCUCACCUUCACGCCCAGGGACUACGCUCACGUACCACCUCGUCACCCCGCACCUCGCAUUGCUCGCACUCCUUCCGACGACGGUGUAUGAUAUGCGCAGGGGUUUAGUGGAGUGGAAUGUUGUAUGGUUCAGGGAGGGGGUUAGGGAGAUAUGGGAAUCGGGGCUGCGCGGGGGUUUGGAGUCGUAGUUUUUGUUGACCAGUGAUCUACUCUUGUGCGAUCGACGGUGUCUGAGUUUCGAUCGAGCAGACUGAGACGCGAAUGAUUGUUUGACCUUCUUCAAGGGGCAGGUCAGAGCCUUCUGGGUAGACGAGGCAUCAGAUGCCUUCUUUAUGAGCUUGGUUUCAUGGAGACAACUUGGUGGAGUCUCGAGUUUUUGCCUUGAUUUUAUGGUAGUGACUCGAGCUUCUCUGUAGCGAAGUGUAAGCUCGAUAAAUUGCUAGAAUGAUU